UUAGAGAUACGGAAUUAAAGUAUUGUUUUUUAUUUCCCAGUUUUAUAAUAAACGGUAUUGUACUCACAUUGAGUAGUUUUUAUAAUAAUAAUUGCUUUAUGAUAUAACUACAGACGAAUUGAGAGAUGUGAAUUUUAUAUAUCGGAGUAAUUAAAUGUAUUCAUGUACAUAGCUUUCUUUUCAUGUGAUAUACCUAUUCAUACAUUGUGAAUUUCGGUUUAUGUAAUUCUAAUUUUGAACUGAACUAACUUUACAGGAUGACAGAGUACCAUUAUCCAACUUUUGAGCAUUUAUAUCCUAGCGGGGUACAACGAUAUGAUGUACGAGCCCGACUGAUUCGCAAUUAUGAUAUUUUCAACUACAACCAUAAAGGAAAAACCAAGCAAACAUGGAAAAUGCUUUUUGUCGAUGUUGAGGGUGAGGGCAUACAGUGCAAUAUUUUCGGCCCCGCGAUUGAAAAGUUUGUAGGACGGUUUCAAGAGGGAUUCAUUUAUAUACUCCUUGCUGUACAAGUGAUAUUUGCUGAAGGGAAAAACAAAAUUGUCCCCAAUUGGAAACAGAUGAUCAUUAAAGAAGAAACAAAUGUGAUACGUGAAGAGGAGGAUGACAUUUCCAUACCUUCAUUCCACUAUAAUUUGGUUCAGUUGAACCGAUUAAGUUGUCACAUCGACUGUACCAAUAGAGUUUAUGAUGCAAUGGGAUUGGUCCUAUACGUUUCACCAGUUGAGAAUAUUGGUGUGGAUUCAGUCAAGCGAGACGUAGCAAUAAUGGAUACAACCUGGACUGUUAUUAAAUUAACACUUUGGAAUGAUUUUGUGCACGUUCUUGAUGAAAAUCUUAAUCAUGUUGACAUUUGUCCAAUCAUUGUAGCAUGUGGUCUGCAUGUCAAGAGCUUCUAUGGUACAUAUCUUUCCACGGGAUACCACACUAGGGUUUAUGUUAACCCGGUUAAUGAAAAAACAACAUCCUUAUCUACAUGGUAUAAAUCGGAAAAACUGGCAAAUAUAAGGAGAGAUUGGUUUCGUUCGUCGACUUUUUCGUUAAAGUCUUCGAUUGACAUUUCUAACACUCCCCGUAUCCGAUUAUCUCAAUUCUCUAGCGUGAGAAAGGUUCAAUACUGUCGAGUUGCUGCAUAUGCAUGUCGCGUUGAUAGUGUUGAUAACAUCAUAUAUGAGGCAUGCAAUCGUUGUCUUAAAAAGGUUGUCAUUUUUCAAGGACUACAAAAAUGUCAAUCCUGCAAUCUCACCAACACUGUAACUAUCCCAAGGUUGCUUCUUCGACUUACCAUAUUUGAUAAAAGUGGUAAUUUGAAAGUCACAAUAUUACACGAUCUUGCACAACACCUCUUAGGUUGUUUAGCUACUGAAAUAAAAUCAGUACUUCAACAGCCUAAUGGACGUAAUCGAGUGAUGGAAAAAGUAUUUGCAUGCUUCGGAAACAAAGCUUUUUCAUGGGUGCUACAUCCACCAAUUGAAGCUUUUAAUCCUGAACAUUCGUAUACGGUUGGAUAUGUGUUGCAUAUCGAUUGGGCGGAGGAGUGCAUGUGGUUAAACAAAUAUAUUGCGAGCAAAAAAAGAAAGUGAUAAUUACUAUUUUGUAUGUACUUCAAUUUUGGUUUUCCAAUGGGAUAUGUUAGUUGUAUCAAAAUAAUGUUACAUUUUUUUAAUAGCUUUAAAUUCGUCAUGUAAGGCUACGAGUAUUGUAUGACCUCAAUGUCGCAAAAUAUGGACUUUGCGAAUGAUGUGCAUGAAAUAAUAGGCACAAUAAA